GUGCACAAAAAAUAACAGCUGGCUAGCUAGCUGCAUGAAGUAUGAUCCAAAAAACAUAAACAAUUGAUAAUUAUUUUACUUUAUCACAUUUUUCUAGAAAAUAAGAAAUUACAAAAUGUUAUCGAAUCUUAUAUCAUCUCAAAAAUUUGUUCUUAUUGUUGACAAUAAUGGCCAAGAGCGAAUUGCCUUGCCAACAAUCAAUGGUUUUCUCAAGGAACAAGGCCAAAGUGGUGCUAUUAAAUUAUUCAAUCCAAAAAGAGAUGUUCAUUCUGAGGAGAACAUCUACCAAACGUUCUUGAAUGAAUGCUCCGAUAGUGAAAAUAAACUCAAUGUUAUUCUUCCUCCUCUAAGUGAUUUGCUUCUUUAUAAUCCCAAAAAAUCGGAGCUCUUUAAAUGUAUUCAUCAGCUUAAGUUAAAUCGCAAUGUUAAGCAAAUAUAUUUGUGGGUCUCAAAACAACACAUUUUUGAAACAUUCACCAUUGCAUGCCUCGAGUAUAUGGCCGAUCAUGUACUUUAUAUAGAAUCAAAAGAUACUCUGUCCAUUUUGACUAGGAAACCUGGUGGAUCUGUAACAAAUAAGAACUAUACUUAUAAAAAAACCAAAGACAGUUUUCAAGUCGAGGCCAUCAAGAAGAAAGUAGUUAAACAAGUUGAAAAUAAUCCUGUUAAGCCAGAGCAACUCGGUACCUUUAAAAUUGAACUCGAAGAAGAUGAACUUAUAGCCAGAAAUGCUCUUAAAAUGCCAUACGAAAAAACUAGUGAAGCUGAAGGAAGCAGCGGUGGCGGAAAUAUUAUUUAUACUCCUGACAAGGAUGAUGAUUUCGAUGAAGAGGAUCCAGACGAUGAUUUGUUUAUAUAACACUUAACAUAGAAAAAUCACUUAAAAGCUGUAAAUACAAUAAAAAACGUGUUCAAAUAAAUAAAUAACUUAGCGCAACUAAGUUAAAGAGUAAAACAUUCA